ACCGAAACGGGACCCACAUGAACACGCGCGUCCUAUUCUUUCCAGGUGCCUCAGGCCGUCGUGCACGGCACAAAUGGCGUUUCCGUUUCCCUCUUCCUUCCUUCUCUCUUCUCUUCCUUCCCCACCUCCACCACCAUCUCCGCCGUGCCGGUGCGUCUAACCACCGCGCACAGCCUGCAUCGUAUCCAGUUUAUCAAACCAUAAAUUCCCCACCUCCAAUCCGAACAAAAAGCCGGCCUCACGUGAUUCUUCUCGGUUCUCCGCCCGCACGGCGCGCCUCUUUCAAUUUAUUAAAAUUUCCGCCGCCACGGUUGGGCUCUCACAUGCAUAUGCUUUUUGAAAUUCCGAAAGAACGAUGGACGAGGAGAGCCAACAGCAGGGGAUCGGCACAACGGCGGCGAAAGCGAUGAAGCUAUCUUCGCGGUCGCCGGUCCUCGUGCUGGCCGCCGCCCUGGCAGCGCUUCUCUGUUUCCAAAUCACGACGAGAACCGUCUACCCGAUUUGGGUGGACCGGACCCGGGGAUGGUUCGAAUCGGAUUUCCCACUAGACGCCGAAAGCUGUUCUGGGUUCUAUGGGAGAAUCCCGGCUAGGAAGACGGUGAUGUCGAUUACUGAUUUCGGAGGGGUCAGCGAUGGGGAAACGUCCAACACGGAAGCGUUCCGGAAAGCUGUUCGGCACAUGCAGCGGUUCGGGUUGGACGGUGGAUCGCAGCUGAAUGUGCCGGCGGGGAGGUGGCUCACCGGCAGCUUCAACCUGACCAGCAAUUUCACAUUGUUUCUUGAACAAGGCGCUGUGAUUCUGGGUUCUCAGGACCCAAAGGAAUGGCCUAUAAUAGAGCCAUUGCCUUCUUAUGGAAGAGGGAGAGAGAGAUUGGGAGGGAGGCAUAUUAGCCUUAUUCAUGGAGAUGGUCUCUUCGAUGUUGUUAUAACAGGACAAAAUGGAACCGUUGAUGGUCAGGGGAAAAUGUGGUGGGACUUAUGGUGGAAUAGAACAUUGGAGCACACAAGGGGACACCUUGUGGAACUAAUGAACUCCCACAACAUCCUCGUCUCAAACCUCACCUUCCGCAACUCUCCGUUUUGGACUGUACAUCCAAUUUACUGCAGCAUUUUGAAGUUGAUAACUGAUACUGGUGGCCCUGUAUUUUGGUUUAGUAAUGUUGUGAUCAGAAACAUGACAAUCUUGGCGCCACUUAAUGCUCCAAAUACUGACGGGAUAGACCCAGAUUCUAGCACAAAUGUAUGUAUUGAGGACUGCUACAUCGAGAGUGGGGAUGAUCUUGUAGCAGUGAAGAGUGGAUGGGACCAAUAUGGUAUCAAGACGGCCCGCCCAAGCUCCAACAUAACAAUCAGAAGGAUCUCUGGCACCACCCCUACCUGCUCAGGCAUCGGAAUAGGGAGCGAAAUGUCCGGAGGCAUUGCCAAUAUCACGAUCGAGGACCUGCACGUUUGGAAUUCAGCAGCCGGAGUGAGGAUAAAAACCGACAUAGGCAGGGGAGGAUACAUUGCGAACAUAACCAUAAGAAAUUUGAUCAUGGAGAAGGUGAAGAUACCGAUCAAGCUCAGCUGGGGUUCGAACGAUCAUCCUGAUGAAGGGUGGGACCGGAAUGCAAUUCCCACCGUGAAGGGAGUCAGAAUCAGCAACGUGCUCAGCUUGAAUUCCACCAAAGCUCCGCAGUUGCUGGGCAUUCAGAAUGCUCCGUUUUCCGGGAUAUGCCUCAGGAAUGUCACGACGAAGUUGUCAUCGUCGUCUCCUGCUUCGUGGCACUGUGAGUUUGUGUCCGGUUUUGCUCAGGACGUGUUUCCACUGCCGUGUCCCGAGUUGCUGCAGAAAGACGUCUCUGGGUGCUCCUAAUUUUUGUUUCACAACUUUGUUUUCCUUGAUUCUUUUUUCUGUUGGUUUCUGAGUUUGAUAGAUGCACAUGAAGGAUGAGUAGUCACAUUUCGAUACGUGAUUGCGGAAUCGUGUAGUUUACGUAGAACAGACUAAGAGUAUAGACAGAGUUACUGGUAUGCCAUAGAUGUAUAGCGAUUGAUAAUGCACAUUCAGGCACAUUCUUACUGAUUUAGAUGGUAUGAAAGGAAAAUGCCAGAGAAUACUUCAUAAAAAUAAUACAAUGGACGAGUUUGUUAAAAUUUAACCAUGAGUGACCAAUUUGUU